AUGAAGGAAGACAGGGCAAAUCGCGUCUCGCGAGUUCGGGAACAAAACAGAGACCGCGAGAGCAGCAAACUCGAGUUCGAGCGCGCAGCGGAGACGAGACAGUUGGCCACGAGUGGUGAGAGCUGGAGAUGGGCCGGCCUAUAUGCGGCCAUGAAGCACAGUGGAGAGGGGAGACGGAGAUGUCGGGCUGUUGAGUGGUGGCCGUGGGCUUCUUGCAUAUUUAGGGGAUUUCUCCGGUUGGGCAGCGACCAGCCACCGUCUUUUUACAGGACGAAAGGGUACUGUCGAUUGUCGGUGAGCUUGGGUUCCAGCAGGGCAGGGCAGGGCAGAGAGCACCAUCAGGUAGCAACGCUGAAAGAGGCCAUCGAUGCCCAACCUGGAACUGUCGCUUUGGGCGUCAGGGGAACCUGCGUAGGUAGGCAGCAAGAAAGAGAGGCGGAGAGCCAGAGGGCCAGAAAGCCAGAGACAGCCAAACGGUGGAGGAGCAAGAGUCUCAAGGAUGGCGCUAUGCCCAGAGAAGAAAGCGGUCGAGCCCUGUCUAAACGGGCCCUAAUCGUGAUUCGCUACCCACACAGGCCGGACAAUUGCUUUUCCCCCACCAACAAACCUAAUGAGGGCUGUCAGGGCGGAGUCUUGCUCUUCACCGUCUCUUCCCCCCCCCCGGCUCGCCAACGUCUAUUCCAGCUUCCAUUUGUUCGCCGUCAUCGCUCACCCGCUGCCAUUCGUCUUCGAUCGAUCUCGUCCCAUCCCCAUCCCGACCAGCCCCCCCUCCCGCUUGGCAGCAGCGCCUUGGCCCGUUUCUAUUUUCUCCCCGGGAGCCCUGGACCGACUGUACUGGAGCUGGGGCUGGAGCUGGAGCUGAUGCCUCCUGAGUACAACCUAGGCUUCCUGAGUUGA